ACGAUUCUUCUUGCUUCCGAAUUGGAUCUUUCACGCCCUCGAGUGGACUCUCCCGAAGGUGUUUCCGGAUCAGAAGGUCGACGAGUCCAUGAAACUCGUUACAAAGUUCUGCGAUCAGGUCGUCACCGAGGCGGAUCUGGAGAAAGAUCAAACGUACCAGGCUCGUUUAUUGCGAGCUGGCAUCAGCAAAGAAGAAGCUGCUGUUCAGUGUAUGGAUUUGAUGUUUGCCGGCACAGACAGCACCGGCAUGAAUUUUGGUGCUAUUUGCUGGCAUUUGGCACAGUCGCCUUCGAUUUAUCAGAAGCUCAAAGACGAGCUUGCAUCGCCAGAGGCAUCGCAAGCCGACCCGCAAACUCUUCCCUACUUACGUGGCGUGGUACGCGAGGGUCUCCGAAUGUCCAUGGCAAACCCGACUCGUCUUCCCCGCGUUGUGCCGCCCAACGGAUUUUCAUUCACGACUAAGAUGCCUUCUGGAGAGACUGCGAGCUUUGAGUUCCCAGGCGGAACUUGGAUCGGAUGCGCACCAUUUAGCCUGCAUUUCAACGAGGCUGUCUUCCCAAAUCCGCAUCAUUUCCAGCCAGAACGAUGGCUUGAACCUAGCGAGGAAAUGCUACGCGAUGCCAUCCCGUUUGGACUCGGGCCGCGGCAGUGUAUUGCUCGGAACCUUGCUUCAAGUGAGCUCUUCUGGGCAGUCAGGGCACUCGGUAUAUCUGGGGUGCUGGAUGGGGCUAGAACAACAGGGCUGAUGAAGGAUGGGAUCAUUGUUGAUGAGUGGUUCAACUCAAAGGUUCCUGGGCAUGCUAUUGAGCUGAUAUGGGAUUCGUCGUAG